GAGUGAAGUGAAGGAAGGUGCACGGCCAUCGACGUCAGCCUACUUGGUCCCCCCACCGCAACCAACGAAGCUCUACCAGACAACCACGAAGCUCCUCGCAGCUGCACUUCCCACUCGACCAAGCCCCCCUACAGCACCGCUAUCCAUGUCAUCAAACACACCAGACUCGGGCGACGAGCAGAUUGCACAGCUUGCGAGCCUGACGGGCCUCGCUCCAGCUGAGGCACAACGCUACCUGGACAUUGCAAACGGCGACCUGACCCUCGCCGCAUCCCUCUUCUUCGACGAGUCCGCCGGGCAGGAAGCUGAACAAGACGUCGACAUGGCCGGCGAUGACCAAACCGCAGACGCGACGCCCGACGCCCCCCAGCAGCCUGUGCCUGGUGGCGGACGCACGCUGGGAGGUGCCUAUGUUCCGCCCACUGCAUCGUCGUCGUCUUCAUCAUCACGCCAGCCAGCCACGCAGAGACAGGCCCCGCAGCGGGGUCCCAAGACCAUCAAGGACCUGCAGUCUGCGGGUGGCGGCCAAGGACACGGGCACGCCCACGACGACGGGGACCGUGACUCUGACGAUGAUGACGACGAGGACCAGGACUUCUUUGCUGGUGGCGAAAAGUCUGGCCUCGCUGUCCAGAACCCCAAUCAGUCGAACCCACGAGACCAAAUCAACAGCAUCCUGAAGCGGGCGCGACAGAACGCUCCCCGACCGGGCGGUGACGAGGAGCAGGACACCUCGCACUUCCGCGGCUCAGGUACAACGCUUGGUGGCGACGAUGCUCCCUCUCGUGUCGUCCCCGACCCCAACGCCAACAUCCCCGCGCCCCUCCCGCGUGCUCAUCGCGAGCUGCACCUCUGGCGAGACGGCUUCUCCGUCGACGACGGGGCGCUCUUCCGCUACGACGACCCCGCAAAUGCGCGCACGCUGGAAAUGAUCAACACAGGCCAUGCCCCGCUGCACAUACUCAAUGUCGAAAAUGGACAAGAGGUGGACGUCGAGGUACACGCACACAAGGACGAGAACUACGUACAGCCAAAGAAAAAGUACGUUGCCUUUGGAGGUUCUGGCCAACGUUUGGGUAGCCCAACACCUGGUGCGACUUCUUCAACUGCCCCCGCAACGGCUGCCACCUCAAGUACAACCGCAUCCACUUCGACCGGUUCUGCACAACCAACGGUUGAUGUCGAUUCUUCCGCUCCCACAGUUACUCUCCAGAUCCGACUCGGUGAUGGUACAAGACUACAGUCGCGCUUCAACACUUCACACACCGUCGGCGACGUCUACAACUUCGUGAACAGGUCAAGCCCUGCUAGCAAUGAGCGCGACUAUGCUCUCAUGACGACUUUCCCUUCAAAGGAGCUGACAGACAAGGCACAGGUGCUGGGCGAUAUGGCAGAAUUCAAGCGCGGGGGUGUGGUUGUGCAGAAGUGGAAGUAAGGAUGCACAGGAACAUGGUGUUAAUUGGUGCUGCUCCAAGUUUUGUGUGGGACUACCUUCUGUGGGGUUUGCGGGCUGCCCUCGACAAAAGGAGUUGGGAUCAGAAGUGAACGCGUCAGCCUCAUUUUGAACUCAACGUCUAUCAAUCACGUCUGAUCUCGAUCGGAAAAUACCGAGUUUGACCCUGCAGCAUGCACACACUGAACGCAAUGCAAUGCGCCAUGCCAGA